AUGGCCGCACAACGAGUGACGGAGGCCCCCGGCCAGCCGGAAGGGGACACCAAAGCGCCGUGCAAACUCGGGGACGCCCCAGACGCGACCCGGGCAGCCGACGAUGACGGCACCCUCGCCGCCAACCCGUUCGCGGACCCUGCGGUCGCGGAGCACUACCGGGCGGUCUACGAGAAGGCGCAGUACGAAUGCCGGCACGCCUUCGACCCGGAGCUGGAGUGGUCGAGGAAGGAGGAGAGGGGCCUUGUUAGGAGGCUGGACUGGCACGUCUGCACGUGGGCGUGCAUCAUGUGCUUCGCGUUACAGGUGGACCGCGAUAACCUGGGUCAGGCUGUAUCGGGCAAUAUGCUGGACCAGCUUGGCCUGUCCACCAACGAGUACAACUACGGCCGCACCAUUUACUACAUCUCAUUCCUUCUUUCUGAGGUGCCGUCCCAGCUUGUAUCGAAAAAGUUCGGCCCCGAUAGGUGGAUUCCGGUCCAAAUGGUCCUGUGGGCGGUUUCAUCCCUCGCGUCAUUCUUCCUCAUGCCAGCUUCAGCCGUCCAAACAAGGACUUGGUUUCGCCCGCACGGCUGGUUCACCGACCGAGAGGAGCGCAUAGUGGUGAAUAGGGUGCUCCGGGACGAUCCAUCGAAGGGCGAUAUGCACAACCGAAUGCCGAUUACGCCCAGACGGCUCUGGCAGGCAGUAACGGACUAUGAUUUAUGGCCUCUUUACGCGAUGGCCACAGUUAUAUUCAUUCCCACGAACCCGCCAGAGCAUUACCUCACCCUGACGCUUCGUGAGCUUGGCUUUGAUCCCUUCAUCACAAACCUGCUCGUAAUUCCGAGCACGGCUAUUGGAAUCCUGACCCUGCUGGCAAUAACCUGGGUGAGCGAGCACGUCGACGAGCGCGCCUUUGUUUCCAUGGUCCAAGGCAUCUGGAGCCUACCUUGCCUGCUGGCCCUUCGUUUCUGGCCGGGUACCAUGGUCGACGCAUGGGGCACCUACGCCCUCGUUACGGUGCUGCUCAGCUUCCCAUAUUGCCAGGCCAUCGUCGUGGGCUGGACGAGCAAGAACUCUGGCUCGGUGCGCACCAGGGCUAUUAGCGCGUCCGUCUUCAGCAUGAUGAAGCAGGUCGGGUCUAUCUCCUCGUCCAAUAUUUAUAGGGAGGACGACAAGCCAUUGUAUCAUCGGGGAAAUGGCGUUCUGAUCGGCAUCAAUUUGCUGGCGAUCGGGCUGUUCCUUUUUACCAAGUGCUAUUACGUGCUGAGGAACAGGUGGAAGGCACGGCGCUGGGAUUCUAUGAGCGAGGCGGAGCGAAAGGAGUACUUGGACUUUACAAAGGACCAGGGGAACAAGAGGCUCGACUUUAAGUUUGCGCACUGA